GCAUAAUUUAUUUUGUAAAAUACAUAUGAAAGAAUUGAUAUUUUUUUAUGAAUCGGUAGUUUUGAACGAAGCAAUAGAUAGGCAGCUUAUGUCAGAUCACGUGUUUUAGAAAAAGCACAUAUUGCAUUUAUUAAAAUGGGAUUUGAAAUAGGUUAUAAUGGAAUAGUGUAAAACAAAUUAAUGUUAAAUAUUGAAAUUGCUUGUAAGUAAUACUUAAGAUUUAUAAAGAGUCAUUUUAAUUAUCUGAUGUUAACUUAGGUAGAUUUUAGUAACUUAAUUAAUCAAUUUAGGA